GGCGGGGCCGGCGUCUCCGGGCUUCCGUCACUUCCGUUUCUCUGUCAGUUGCAAGCGAGCGAGCAGAAGGCAGUUCGGCCGCGAGAGUGGAGCAAUGCCUAAAUCAAAGGAACUUGUUUCUUCAAGCUCUUCUGGCAGCGAUUCUGACAGUGAGGUUGACAAAAAGUUAAAGAGGAAAAAGCAAGUUACGCCAGAGAAACCUGUGAAGAAGCAAAAGACUGGCGAAACUUCAAGAGCCUUGUCAUCCUCUAAGCAGAGCAGCAGCAGCAGAGAUGAUAACAUGUUUCAGAUUGGGAAAAUGAGGUACGUCAGUGUUCGGGACUUUAAAGGGAAAGUCCUAAUUGAUAUUAGAGAAUAUUGGAUGGAUCCAGAAGGUGAAAUGAAACCUGGAAGAAAAGGUAUUUCUUUAAAUCCUGAGCAAUGGAGCCAGCUGAAGGAACAGAUUUCUGACAUUGAUGAUGCAGUAAGAAAACUGUAAAAUCAGAGCCAUAUAAAACCUGUACUGUUCUAGUUGUUUUAAUCUGUCUUUUUACAUUGGCUUUUGUUUUCUAAACGUUGUUUUCCAAGCUAUUGUAUAUUUGGAUUGCAGAACAAUUUGUAAGAUUGAAUACUUUUUUUUUAUGUGCAUUAUUAAAAGUGUUCUGAGUGAAGCUAAUUGUCAACUUGAUUAAGGAGGAUUGCUUUGUGCCCGCCACCUAGUGUAAAAUAAAAUCAAGUAAUACAAUCUUAACUGUUGUGGCCUUUUUUCAAAAGAAUUGGUACUGUUUAAGGCCAAAAGUAACAGUUUAUAGACCUGUUAGUUUCACCAUGGCUUUUACAUUCAAAAGGAUUUGUAUUGCAUUGAAUUUAUAAACUCUGACUUGUGAAAACCAUAGUUGAUCUAUUUUCUUCCAGCCCAAUGUCUAGACUUGUUGGUAUUUCCAGUGAUAUUUCCCUUCCCCCCCUUUUCUCUUUACAUUGUUUUCCUUUUGUAACUUGUCAUGUUCCGUUUUCAUUUCACUUUUUGCUCUUUUUCUUGAAUAUAUUAUACUAAUUUGGAAAGUCAGUGAAACUGUCAAAAUGUUAGUUAUCUCAAUAAGGUACUUGUAAUUAAAAUAUAUGAGAACUACAAUCACUAAUUCUACUGUAUUAAAUAUUAGGAGAUAUAGUUUGAUAAACAUGGCUUGUAUGAAAACUGAGCAAGUAAGUGUAUGUCGUUACCUGUAGUGUUCUGUGUAGUUACCUUAUUGCUUAGUCUGCAGAGAAUAAUGACUUAGAUGUCUGAUUUGCUUUCACUUAUUAAACUUGUUCACCAUGGGAUGAUGUCUAUAAAAAAUCAGAUACUGUUAUAUUAGAUUAGGAUUUAAUAAAAAUUGUGAAAGCUUA